AUGAAGCUGGUGAAGCCAACUGAUUUGUUUCAGUAUUUCCAGAAAAAUACAAUGGAACGGGGGCGGUUUCUUGGAUUAGAUGUUGGUCAUAAAUAUGUUGGGCUAGCAGUUUCGGAUCCUGAUAAUAGAAUUGCAGCGCCUCUGAGUGUAUUGGUCAGAAAAAAAACAAAUAUCAAUUUGAUGGUCAAAGAUUUUCAAACUUUGGUUUCGGAACUUUCUUUGGUGGGCUUUGUUGUAGGCUACCCAUUUGAUCUGAUGGGUUCAGCCAAUGCAGAGGCAGUACAAGUGAAGCUUUUCAUGGAGGAUCUCCGUAAAACAGGAAAACUUGAAGGUGUGAGCUACACAUAUUGGGAUGAGCGCUUUACAUCAAAGGGCUACCUGGACUAUGUACACAGGAAUUUGAAGUAGUUGAAACUGUACGGGGUCUUUGAGGAUGUUCUGAUUAGAUAGAGCAAUUUGGCUAUUGAAAGUCAAUGAGGGUUUGUGCUGUUUCUUUGUCCACUUAGUCAAUGGAUCACCACUUUGAUUGGUAUUGGGUAUCUGCUUAAUCCUUUAUUUCCAAAUUCUGUUGAAAUUUGCUCAAAGAGAAGUCCAGUGGGGAACAUGCACAGCCAGAGGUUGCCAUGAAUGGUUCUUAGAGAUCAGACUAUGAAGGGUUGCGAGGCCCACAUCCUUGAUCUAGCAAGUGAUAAGGGGGGCACACGUUGAUCAAUUAGCUGUGGCUCACAUCCUUUAUCAAGUGACAUAAGGGGACAUGCAUUUAUCAUUA